AAACUAAGUUUCUCGUUCAACUUGCAAUUCUUGAAUCUCGAGAGAGCCCACAAGACAGGAAGCAAUCCAAUGAAUGACACGCAAGUAGCAGAUAGGGCUUGGAUAACGAUGAGAGUGAAUCUUCUCCACUCUCAUCUCUGCUUCUCACUUUGCAUUAAUCCUUUCUAACAUUUUUCAAUAGCAAAAGUUGAUAACAGCUCUUUCUCUACUACCUGCCAUUAUCAAUUCCUUACUUAGGGCAAAUUCCUUUCGGGAUUCCUUCAAUUUUAUCACAGGUUAUUUGGUGCUUCUCCUCUAAUGGCCUCAGUCUCAGCUACUUGUCCUAGGUUCCAACCUCUGUUUAGCCAGUCCAACAAGACUAGUCGGGCAGCUGGUUUAAAGCUGGAUUCAGUAGGUUGGGCAAAGUGUACCGGCUUCCCUCCCUUGAAGGCCUCUCGAUUUCGUGUCUCUUGUUCGGCAAAGCCAGAGACAGUGGAGAAAGUUAUUGAGAUUGUGAAGAAACAACUGGCUUUAAAACCUGAGACAGUGCUCACCAAUGAAACAGAGUUCGUUGAGCUUGGUGCUGAUUCUCUUGACACGGUGGAGAUAGUAAUGACAUUGGAAGAAGAAUUUGACAUUAAUGUAGAAGAGGAGAGCUCUCAAAAUAUAACAACAGUCCAGGAAGUAGCUGACAUGAUUGAGAAACUUGUUCAGAAGAAAGCUGAAGGUGAAAGCUGAGCCCAAGAAUCAUCAGUUUGCCAGGAUUGAUAGUGUUAGGAUUUUCUUGAUAAGCUUCCAUGCCAUAUUAUAUUUUUGUGAUGCAAACACAUGUUUUUGGCCCGUGAUA